UGUGUUCGCCUCCUGGUCCUGUUUGUGUUUUGUGAUGCCUGAGCCAGCCAAGUCCGCUCCUGCCCCUAAAAAGGGCUCGAAGAAGGCGGUGACUAAGGCGCAGAAGAAGGACGGCAAGAAGCGCAAGCGCAGCCGCAAGGAGAGCUACUCCGUGUACGUGUACAAGGUGCUGAAGCAGGUCCACCCGGACACCGGCAUCUCGUCCAAGGCCAUGGGCAUCAUGAACUCUUUUGUCAACGACAUCUUCGAGCGCAUCGCUGGCGAGGCGUCUCGCCUGGCGCAUUACAACAAGCGCUCGACUAUCACAUCCAGGGAGAUCCAGACAGCGGUACGCCUGCUGCUACCCGGGGAGCUGGCCAAGCACGCGGUGUCUGAGGGUACCAAGGCCGUCACCAAGUACACCAGCUCCAAGUAAAUUUCGUCGUUUGAAACAACGCAAACAACUCAAGGCUCUUUUAAGAGCCACCCACUUUGUCUCAAAGGAUCUGUAACUUUCCAGACUGUAUUAAAGUGGCUCGGUCAAGCAGUGAGAAAGAUUAUAUACAACCAUCAGGGUUAAGGUUUCUGACCAUUGUGUGAGGAAAAAUGUCUAUGCCCCAACCACUAAUGCCAAAGAAGCUAAUUUUGAGCAGCGUAAGCCUGACAGCAAAAGUUUAAUUUGCUGCAUGUUAGCUACGUGUCUUUCUGCAAACGUGUCUUAAAAGAUAGGAUGCCAGUUAUUCUAAGCUGGCUGUUUUUAAGAAGCAGGAAAAUCUUAAUACUUAGAAAAGUGGG